GUGGCUGAGUGGUAAGGCGCUUGGCUUCCGAACCUGGGUCCCGGGCUCGAUUCCUUGUGAAGACUUGGAUUUUUACUUUCGGGAUCUUUAUGGCGCCUCUGAGUCCACCUGACAUUAUUAGUUGGGGAAAAGUUAAAACGGUUGGUCGUUGUACUGGCCACAUGACAACCUCGUCAGCCGUGAUGAUGACAGAUGACAUUUACACCAGUCUGUCACAUAAUUCGCAAGGCCUGAAAGGGGAAUAAUGAUGAGUCAACCUUUAUACAUCAGUGAUAUCAAAGUGAUUUGUGGCUCUAUGACAAGUUUAAUAAAGAAAUCAUUUGGUCCAAAAGGUGCCAAGCUAAUGUUAACAUCCAGUAGUGGUCAGGCCAUUGUGACUAAAGAUGGGAUGAGUAUUUUAUCAUCUGUUCACUAUUCACAUCCAGUUUCUAAAUGUAUUCUUGACAGCCUUGGGUCAUUCUGUGAAGCGUAUGGAGAUGGCUGUAAGGCAUUCAUUAUAUAUUUAUAUUCCCUGUUUGAGGCAAUAGAGCACGAACACACCUUUCAAGACUACUGGUCUCUUUCUAACAGCCUGUUAGAAUUUUUAAAACAUGAUUUUGUUAAUAUAACUGAACAAUUGACUGGAAUAGUCUCCAGCCAAAAUAAACUGAACAUCAUGGAAGAAGAAUGGCUUGACCAACAUUCUGUUUUCUACUUAUUGAAAACUUACUUCUGUAAUAGUUUCUCAAGGAAUGAUGUUUACAAUCUCUCAAAGCUUUUGGCAAAUUAUGUAGCUAAAAUAGGUGCUAGAAGGUGUUCAUUGUCUGCAGUUCUUCAAUGGUUUGACAAUUUUGUAUUCUUCAGUAAGGAAUCAUACACAUCUUCACAAUAUGAGGAUGGUAUAUUUUUAAAGGGGGCUUUCCCAUUAAAAUAUCCUUACAAUAAAACUUCAAAUGCCAUAUUGAUGCAGUGUCCAUUUGAAAUUGAUAGUAAAUGCUACACAAGAGAAGAUACAGUUAUGCAGCUAACUGAAAAGAUAAUUACAUAUCCAGCUCAAGUUGCUGCCCUUUUUCUAUCAAUGCUCAAAAAACAUCAUGUAACUUUAGUAUUGACAAUUCACAAAGUAUCAGAUUACAUUUUGCAGAUGGCCAGUAGCAUGAGUAUCAAUGUUGUCCCCUGUCUAGAAGAUACUGAUUUAGAGUUUAUUAUGUGUGCUACUGGUAAAGUGGGAGUGUCAGCUAUGUGGGACGAGUUAGAGGCUUCUUGUCUGGUUGCUGUUACUUCUUACCAAAGUGUUGACAUCUCAGGGCAACAAUAUGUCAAAAUAGUAUUGGAUAGACCUCCUCUCGAUUUCCCUAGAUCUACUUUAUUUCUAUGUGCUCCAACAGAUAGUCUUUGCAAAGAGUUGAAAUACAAUGUGAAGAAAGGGUUGAAGCUUAUCUCUCACUGUCUGCCUGAAAUUUGUGAAUGUAACUUGAGACUAAACAAAGUCUGCUUGUUUCAUGGAGACUUAAAGUCCUGUAACAAUGAAGAGCAACAACUUACAGACACCAACCAGAGAGUCAUUAAGUCUUGCAUGAAUGUCGAACAGCAUCUUGAAGACAUUAAGCUACCAUUAUCUUUUAAACUGGUUGCUGGUGGAGGUUAUUUUGACUAUCUGUUAAUUGAUUGCUUGACUAAAUAUAUGAACAAAAAUGUGCAGCUAUCACCUAAGCGACUAAUGUGGUGCAGACUUGUAGUAAAAAUGUUAUUGGCUUUGCCUCAAAAUCUUUAUGAAAACUUAAGUGUUUGCAAGCCAUCUUUACAGAAAUCCAACUAUCUUCGUACAUAUUCAUCAGUUAAAGAAGCACUGGAUCACAAUAAAAUUGUUGGAUUUUGUUCUUCCGAUUCUGUCAGUAAUCCACUGAAACAUGGAGUGUGGGAAUGUUUGGAUCAAAAGUUAGCUACUGUUUCACAGGUGCUUCACCUUGCUGGAGUACUUCUUGGUGCUGAUGCAGUGAUUGCUGCAAAGACCAACCAUUAGUUACAGUUGUGCACAUAAGGAUAAUUACAUUCCUCAGUAUCGUCACACGGCAACCAAUGAAAAAUAUUUCCCCUUCAUACGUAAACAAAGCACCAACGCUUGUGCUGAUGGUCGCUGGGUUUGAUCAGCUGUUCUCCGUUUUGUCAACUAAAUUUAACAUUAAAAUCUAUAUGCAAAUAUCUUUCCUAUCUCACUGACAUGUAA